UACGCUUUGAUUCACCGCUUUUCGAUUUUACCCCUUUUCCGCUUUUAGGUAGAAUCGCGUUUUUGACUGCAUUGACCGCGGUGAAUGCAUUCCACCGCUGCAUACUAAAGAGGUGAAUGCAUCACCGCUGUUGACGGUCGCGGUGAAAGCUUCACCGCGUUUGUCGGUCGCGAUGAAGGCCUAACCUAAGGCUGAAACUUCAAACCAACGUAACUUUGCGCUCGGUUAUUUGAUCGUAGCGAAAUUUUUUCGAUUCUGCAUAACUUUUCAAGAUCUUUCAAUCUGCAACCGGCCUUCAUCCCAAAAAAUAUCGUUUGCUACCCUGAACGAGCAAUUUUUCAAUUUUCCAAACUUUAGAAGGUCAUUACUUUGUGCUCCUCAAUCCAAAAGUCAUGAAGUUUUCUUUUUAUUGCGCAUAACUUUUUAAUAACUACAACUUUUACUAGGAAAGAAUUUUCCAAACAAAAAAUAGUUUUGGGUAUACGGGAUUUUGGGAAUAACUUUGCCUUUACUUUUUACAAAUUCACAUACAUUCCAAAAUUAUAAUUAUGGUCAAAGUUGUAGUCCUUAAAAAGUUAUGAGAAAUCAAAAUAAGUUUCAUGACAUUCGGAUUGCGAAGCACAAAGUUAUGGUCUUCCAAAGUUUGUCGAAAUGGAAAAAUAUCUCAGGAGCAUGAUUUACCACUCCCCCAGCUGUGGUUUUCCUGGUUGUCUCUUUCAAAAUGGUGGUACAACACGAAUUUCCACAGCAGGCUGACGCUGACACUCUUUGAGGCCUUGUAUGGCUACUCACCAUCUCACUUUGCUCUCCAAAACCCGUUGUCAACUACUGUGGCAGUUGUGGCUGAUCGACUGACUCAACAACAAAGGGUGGUGGGACUCCUGCGAAAUAAUUUGGCCAAAGUUCAAAAUAGUUGUGGCUGGCCGAAGCUUAAGGAGCCACCAUCUAGCUUAUGACAUAAAAGUAGCGCUUGUUGGGAGGCAACCUAACAUAGGUUUAUGUUUGUUUUUAUUUUAUUUGGAUGUUAAGUACUAUUAUUGUGUAAUAAUCUCGUCUUGCGCGAGUAUUUGUGUGGAGGGGUGGCACGACUCUAACUACACAUCCCAACCGACGGCCAAAUAUAACCGAAGACCGGGUGUAGCAUAGGGUAAGCAAGCAAUAAAAUUUAUCGUACCACGGAGAUCUAAACUUACCUUACUUCAGGUUUAGGGUUCGUUAUCUAGACAACCUCGGAUAUUGAUUAGAAAAACUAAACUAAUUAACCUAUCACUAUUUACAAGGUUGCAACUCUCAUGGGUUUGAAUCCCCCUAGUUACGUCAAUUUGAACGAUGUUGAGUACUAUCCUAGCUCGAGUGUCUCAAUUACUCUACUGUUAAGAGAUAGACUCCCUCGGGAUCGAUCUGGAAUGGCGAAUCGGUGGAUGGGUAGGUGCUCUAUUCAACCUUGGGUUUCAUAUAUUGAUAGGAGGUAGAUCUAAUCAACUCCCUUAGAGAUUACCUGGACAAUAUACGAUAGGAGUGACCCGAAGACGAUAAUAAUGGGCUCUAAGGGGAUGUCACCCUCCUAGGUCAAAAGCUCAAAACAUGAAAAUGGAAACUCAACUCAUGUCAUUCAUGAAAACAUCCAUCAAUUAAGAAAAUCAUCAAUCAAACAUGUAAUAUGUCACAUAUAUCAACACCCAAUCAAAAUCUAGAACUAGGGUUAUUCUUAAGAGAAGAGGGUGAAUUUCUAGAGAGAGUACAAAUUGGAGCACAUGAUCUUCUUCUUAUAUGUUGAUUCCUUGCUUCCAAGCUUGAUCAAUGCCUUCAAUUAAGCUCCAAGAUCACUCAAGAAAUCUCUCCUUUGGUGUUUUGGGUCGAAACCCUAGAGAGAGAAUCAAUUUCUCCUCCAAAAACCAACUCCCCUUUCUCUCUCCUAGCUGCUAUCUUUAUAUUUGCCAGACAGUGCCGACUUCACGAUCACUUCUCACGCCCAUGAUAUUAGCAAGUCGAGGCUGAUCUUGGCAAAAAAUGCACCAUUUUGGGCCGUUUUUCACGGUCUCGGGACCGUGAUAUCUUUUAGGCCCGCAAGAUGUACAAUGGCUGCUGAAAUUUGGCAACUUCAUGGUAUGGGGGUGAUUAUCAUGGUCUUAGGACCGUGAUAAAUGAGUGAUGCCCUUGAAGUCUUGCACUUCACUCCCUGGGGGUGAUUUCACCCUCUCGGGGCGUGACAAAUGCCUUCAGCCGGUGAACAUUGCACAACCUCCACUUUAUGGCUCGUGUUGUCUGUUGACCUCCGAAUUAUCCGAAACACGUCCAAGACCUUCCCACACGUACUAGGACCUGAAAUAUGACAAAAGAAGCACAGUUGAACCCGAAUGUGUACAAUUGAGUGGUAAAAUGUGUACAAUCGAACCCGAAUCACACCCCCACACUUGAAUGUUUGCUUGCCCCAAGCAAACCAAGUACAAAACAAAGUAAGCUUACAACUUCUUUUUCAACAAAUUUUUUGGGGCAUGUCAUAAAGCACAAAACGAAUGAAUCACAAUAGUUACUUGAUACCGACCUAUGGACAGAAACAAAGUAUACUUGGCAACCACCACAAACGACAUUCAACUAUGGCAAAAUAAUGCAUCACCACCGUAGGUAUCCAAUCAAAUUGAUUGGGAAAAAUCCAACUAAUAUUACUUUUUCUUGAGUUUUUCUUCGAACCUAGCAAUGAAGGACAAGAUUUCGG